UUUGAGUUCAAUAGGUAGAAUACAUUCACAAUAUAUGUGUAAUAUACUCCUGCUUUUAUGCGUGUGUGUGUGUGUGCUAAUUCCAAGAUGAUAAUGAAACGUGAAAUAAUAAUUGGACCCAUUUGACGUUUAACAGUAAGAUUUAAUCAGCACAGAUGUGCAAUAUGUGUCUAUUGCAAAUGAAAGCGUUUUUGAGGUAAGCCUUUGUACCAGUGAAAUAUUCCGCACUGGGAAAUGACCCAGAAUAAUCACUUAUUCUUGUGUCACAGGACCCAGUAGCAGGCUAAGAGCAGGACGGUUUGCUCGGUUGACAGUGAGACUGCCAUGGAGUUAUCCAUGGCCGGUUUGGUGAUUAUAUAUGCAUCAAAGAGCUGCCGAUUAUUCAAAAUUAAAUUUCGUAUGCUUGAUACAUACAUGGCAAAAACUUUAAACAACAAAAAAAACUCCACACAGAUGUUUUGGAAACCUACAACAUGCCAUUUUGAAAAUCCCUAAAAUUCUAGCAAUUUUCUUGCAAAGAACUGUAAAGCUUAAAAAUAUGGUGACACGAUAUAUGUACCUAAUGAUAAACUGCACCAGACAAAAAAAAUCACAUUUUGGAACGUGCGCAAUAUAUGCCCAAGAUUUCUAAAAUGGAAAUAGGAGCAUGGAUAAAGGCAUAGAGGGAAACUGCUGAGCCAUCUAUCAAGCAAAUAAUUUAAUAAAAGACAGCUGCAAUAGUAUUGGUACUGAUAAACAGGGAUAAGGACAGGACACGCAGCGAGCCCUGGGGCCUCUACUGGAUAAACGUCUUUUUCCCCCAUUGGCCAAAAGAAAUGGCGGAACGUUCCAAUUGGCCCUGAAAACAUUUCGCUUGGACCCUAAAGUAACACCGCUCACAAUACUAUAAUGUUCCAAAUACAAAGUGCAUAGAAUAGAAGCGGUAUAAUAUACAGCAAUACCCAAGUUAAUAAAAAAUAAGUAAUUAUCUCUUAAAUAGCAGCCAAAAAUAACAAUUAUAAAAUAAUUGUUCCGGUUGCCGUCUGUUGCUAGGCAGAAUAUGUUAAUAUAUGCAUGCGGCCAUCUCUGCAGCUACCAUUCUGAGGUAAGACCAACAUCACCGUUUUUAUUAAAAUAAUCCAAACUCUUGCGAAAUCGAUCCCUAAUCGUUAAGCAGAAUUUCAAGAUUACAUUUCUGUAAGUAGUGUUAUAGAUUUGGUGACCGGUUGUCUAUUAUCUUUAAACUACAAUAUACAUCUUUUUUCGCGUCUCUUCAACGAGCUUGUUGUUGUUUAGUCCCACCCAAAAUGGAGACCUUCCUUCCUUGUUGAACAGCAGACACAGGGCUGGGCUCAACUAUAAGUAGGGACCGAAGGGUCUAUUUCCAAUAUUUUAAAUCCUUUAAAGAUCUGUUUGGUUUGGCAAAAUCUUUAGUAAAGCUCCUUGGCGAAAGAAUCCUGGAAGAUUCCCUGUCCCAGUGAUGUUCAUGGCUACCUCUCCGAGGUUUUCUUCAAUAAUGCCCGUGUUUUUGCCGCUGUGAUUUUUGUGGUAUGGUCCGGUUGGAACUCCGAACCUAAGGGGUCAAAGCAGGGGGGAAUGAGUAGAAACAUUAGUGUAACCAGUAAAUCGUUUUACAGCAUUUAACAUUUUGUUGUAUUGUUUCACAGUUUUAACAAGGCCGUGCUUAUAUGCAUUUGCGUCCCUUUUUCCUCUGCCGACGCCGGUGCACUACCUUCAUACUCUCGGAUGGUUGGUGAGGAGUGACUAGGUGUGGGAGGUGAUUUGGGGUGUCCUGCUAAUUUUGCCAUGGAGGCGAAACAGGAAAGCUCUUCUGUGUGGACUCAGGCCCCCAGCAGUGAAGGAACCAAUCCAGCUCAGGUGCAUUUUGAGGGUGGCACCGUGGCCCAGAUUGUGUACAGUGGAGAUCAGGCAGACCGAGGGCAGCAGGUGAUCUACACUGCAGACGGAAGCCCCUACACCUCAGUAGAGUCAGCCGAGCACACGCUGGUGUACAUCCACCCUGCUGACGGAACACAGGCGGUGUUUACAGACCAGCCCCAGGUAGCCUACAUCCAGCAGGAUGGAACCACGCAGCAGGUCACCGUGCUGCUGCCCAGUGGUCAGAACAUGAAUGCGGCCAAUUUGCAUGUGCUGAGUAAUGUAGCAGAUGCUCCUCAGGCCAUACUGGAGCCUGUGCCACAGGGUGAGUUGGCCAGUGCUGAUCUCCCUGCCAUUACCGACCCUUCGACCAGUCCCUUAGGGGCCACAGACUCCACUGUGGACUCUGAGGAUGAAGAGGAUGAUGAAGAGGAGGAUGACAGAGAUGACUCUGAUUUGGACGAUUGGGAACCCAGGCCAGCUCAGCCCUUCACCCCUCAGCAUCUGUGGUGUGAGGAGUGUAACAGUGCCAACCCCGGUGUGUGUGUGAAACACGGCCCCCUCCACCCAAUCGUGAACAGGCCUGUGAUGUCCAGAGCUCGAGCCAGUCUGCCCCUUAUCCUCUACAUUGACCACUUCCUGGGAGGAGUUUUCUCCAAGAGGCGCAUUCCCAAGCGCACUCAGUUUGGACCCGUCGAGGGUCCGCUGGUUCCGCAGAGUGAGCUGCAGGACAUGCAUUUCCAGCUUAAACUGUGUAUGGUAGCGCCCGAGCAAGCCGACGAGACGGUGGAAGACCUCUGGGUGGACCUGGCGGACGAGGAUCGCUGCAACUGGAUGAUGUUUGUCCGUCCUGCCGAGAACCACCUGGAGCAGAACCUGGUGGCGUAUCAGUAUGGCUCGGACAUCUUCUACACCACCAUCAAGAACAUUCAACCCAAACAGGAGCUCAAGGUCUGGUAUGCUGCAUCAUAUGCUGAAUUUGUCAACAAGAAGAUUCAUGACAUCACUGAGGAGGAGAGGAAAGCCCUGCGGGAGCAGGAGAAAAACUGGCCAUGUUAUGAAUGCAGUCGUCGUUUCAUGAGUUCAGAGCAGCUCCAGCAACACCUCAACAUGCACGAUGACAAGCUUGACCUCGUGCAAAGGCCGAGGGGGCGUGGCCGGGGGCGAGGCAGGAAGCGGUUUGGUGCUGGAAGGCGACCGGGGCGACGACCCAAAUUUAUCCGUCUGGAAGCCCCUGCCGAGAGUGCUGAUAAAACUCCGGACCUGCUAGCAUUCUCAGAGGAGCCUUCGGGCGGCGCUCUGAACGGGCUGAAGGUGGGUGAGCUGGCGGCCGAGGCCGGGGCUACCGUGUCCGAGGGGGUCCCGGAGACCCAGCAGGCCCAGGUCCGGAACCUCCUGGACGAGGACGGGACGAACGCCACGCCCGCGGCCAUGAGCGUAACACCGCUGCCGGAUAAGGAGGACACGUCGGCAGCGGAUGUUGCUGACCCCCACCUGACCGUCCAGGACAUGAGGCGUGCCCGGAGGAUUCGGGUGGACUUACAGAAUGCCGCUCUGCAGCACCUGUUCAUUCGCAAGUCCUUCCGGCCGUUCCGAUGCUCCCAGUGUGGGAAGGCGUUCCGUGAGAAGGACAAGCUGGAGCAGCACCUGCGUUACCACGGCCGCGACACCUGCCGCCACGUCUGCCACCAGUGCAACAAGGGCUUUCUCAGCAGCGCCGCCCUGGAGGACCACCUGCAGCUGCAUACUGACCAGCGCACCUACUCCUGCCUCUUCUGCACAGAGUCCUACGACAGACUCGACCUGCUAAAGGAGCACGUGGGCAUCCAUCUCGUCAACGGCUGCUUCUCCUGCCCCUCCUGCAAGAAGACCUUCACCGACUUUAUACAGGUUAAGAAGCAUGUACGGAGCUUCCACUCUGAGAAGAUUUUCCAGUGUACAGAGUGCGACAAAGCGUUCUGCCGACCGGACAAACUGCGCCUCCACAUGCUCCGCCACUCAGACCGCAAGGACUUCCUCUGCUCCACCUGUGGCAAGCAGUUCAAGCGGAAAGACAAACUGCGUGAGCACAUGCAGCGAAUGCACAACCCGGAGCGCGAGGCAAAGAAGGCGGAGCGCACCCACCGCGCCAAGGCCCUGAAGCUGAAGGAGCCCACCACCGACCUGGAGAGCUUCAUGUUCAAGUGCCGCCUGUGCAUGAUGGGAUUCAGGAGACGGGGCAUGCUGGUAAAUCACCUAUCUAAGCGGCACCCUGAGAUGCGUAUAGAGGAGGUUCCAGAGCUCACCCUGCCUAUAAUUAAGCCCAACAGAGAUUACUUCUGUCAGUACUGUGAUAAGGUGUAUAAGAGUGCGAGCAAGAGGAAAGCUCACAUCCUGAAGAACCACCCAGGGGCGGAGUUACCACCCAGCAUCCGCAAGCUCCGUCCAGCUGGUCCUGGAGAGCCUGACCCCAUGCUAAGCACCCACACCCAGCUCACAGGCACCAUUGCAACGGCCCCUGUCUGCUGUCCCCACUGUGCCAAGCAGUAUAGCAGCAAGACCAAGAUGGUGCAGCACAUUCGUAAGAAGCAUCCGGAAUUUGCCCAGCUGGCCAGCAGCAUCCAGCCGCCCCUGGCGACGACCGUCAUCAGCAAUGCGCCGGCUGUCAUCACGACCGAUGGCACUACGGCAGAGACUGUGGUGACGACAGACCUGCUGACCCAGGCAAUGACGGAGCUGUCUCAGACCCUGACCUCCGACUACAGGUCGGUGCAGGGAGACUUCCAGAGGAUACAGUACAUCCCCGUGACCCAGGCGGGUGGAGGCCUGGCCCAGACACAGCACAUCCAGCUGCAGGUGGUGCAGGUGGCACCGGCGUCGUCCCCUCAGUCCCAGCACUCGACAGUGGACAUGACCCAGCUCCAGGAUGCACACAGCUUCACCCAGCACUCCAUCCAGGUGCAGCACAUCCAGGUGUCUGAGGCCACGCCCACUGCUCAGGUAACGGGGCAGCCUCUAAGCCCCUCCUCUCAACAAACGUCACAGGAAUUAAGCCCUGCCCAGCUGACCCCUGUUACUCUGGCCCAGAGCCAAACCCUACAGUCAUCCACCAAUCAAGCACAAGGGACAGUGCAGCAUGCAUACUUGCCUGGCAACUGGAACUACCGGGGUUACCCCUCUGAAAUCCAGAUGAUGACCCUGCCCCAUGCUCAGUAUGUCCUGGCGGAGACAGGAACGCCCGUCGCUGCUGCCGUCAACAGUGGCCAGGUCAAAACGACUCACUAUGUGAUAUCUGAAGGGCAGGCUGAGCUGGAUGGUAAACAGGUCAGUGCCCCACCCACUACUGCCCAGGUAAACUCUGACCCAUUGGAGCAGCCAUCCACCAAUCAGCAGGCUACCACGCAGUACAUCAUCACCACGACGACCAACGGAGCUGGCAACAGCGAGGUGCACAUUACCAAACCCUGAGGCUGGGUCCCUAUACACACACACACACACACACACACACACACACACACACACUAGGAUAGACUUUAUUCUGAAGGCGGGAGGAUGUGUUGCUACCAAUCGGUUGAACUGGAGAACAACUUUAACAGGACAAAGAGAGUUAUGAUUUCUAUUUUAUUUUAUUGCAGUUUAAUGAAGUGAAAAGGAUGAAAAUAACCUUAUUUAAUUAUAAUAAGAAACACUGGAUAGUUGCUAAUGAAGAGUCUAGCAGUGUAGGCUGGUUUGGGGUCCCACCUGCUGCUCCCGGGGCUUCUGUUACAGCCUCAUCAACCCACAGCAUUUUAACUUUCAUUUCAUUCCCCCUUCUUCAUUUGAACUCUUGAUGAUAAAAAUAUUAAACCUAUGUUUUCAGGUGUUUUUUCAGGUUUUUUUUUUUUUUGUUUGUUUUUUUUGUUUUUUUUACACAUAUGUCUUAUUUAUAGAUGAGAUUCCUUUUGAGAAAUUCAUGUGGAAUUAAUUUUUUCAUUUUAAAAACAAGAAUGUAUUUUUUGAAAAUAAAAUGGGGUUGAUGUGGGGUUGAUUGAUGUGGGUUCUAAAUAUUAUUUGACUUAAUUUUGACAUGGAAGGUGACUUUAAAAACCCCCCAAAAAUUACCCAGAUUACUACUAUGUGGCCUGAGAUUUCUACCAUUUCUUACACAAAAGGUGAAAAAGAAAUCUGUUUUGAUCAUGCACCCCUCCCACAGCAUCAGGGAGGUGGUGUCACUUGUGUCUUUGACUGAUCUGGCCCAAGCUGGACUGUAAAAUGCAGCUUCUGAAAUAUCUUUUAGAAGAAAAACGAAAUACUGCGAUUAUCUCUUCCUUUAAAAAACUUUUGUCUCAUUAUUUAUCAUGACUCCACUCCUCCCUUGUUGACAUGUUUAUAACGCCUUGUUUAUUGGAUGUCCUGGCGACCAUAUUGGGUCUUGGACCUCUUUUACUGUCCAUUCUUGUGGAUAUUUGGAAUUUAUCGGGUAUGCUCACUUCUCAUACAGGGACAUGAAUCUCACGACAUUAGAAGGGAAAAUUAAAUAAAAAUAGUCAUUUCUUAGGCAGUGGGUGGCUUGUACAAUGUAAAAAAAAGAGUAGCUGUAUUAUUGUGAAUAUUAUCGUCAAUGGCUGCGUUUACAGUAUGUGUAAAGUGUAAGAUGUGUGGAUGUGUGGGUGGGUGGGCGAGUGUGCGUGUCUCUCUCCAGGUGAGUGUUCUGAUGUCAGUAGUGUUUUGCAGAAAAUAAACUGCUUCUUUUUCUACA